AUGGCAGAAUGGAACGACUUCCACAAAGGCGAGGAGGAUGAUGAAGAGCAGGAGGGUGGAGAGCUGGAUGGAGGAGACUACAAGACGACUGGCAGAGACAGUCUGGUGUUUCUAGUCGAUGCCUCAAAGGAAAUGUUUAUUAAAGGAGAAGAUGGAGAACCCUCAAACUUUGACAUGACUAUGCAGGUGGUGCGGAGUGUCUACACCAGUAAGAUCAUCAGCAGCUACAGAGAUCUGAUAGCUCUGGUUUUCUACGGCACGGAACAGAGCAAGAACCCCACAAACUCCUUCAAGAACGUCUAUGUGUACCAUGAUCUCGACGAGCCCGGUGCCAAGCGGGUGCAGGAGGUGGAUGCUCUGCGUGGGUCUAAAGGGGCGGAGCUGGCAGCUGAGACCAUGGGCAGUGGGGAGACCUCUCUGGGUGCCGCCUUGUGGUGUUGUGCCAAUCUGUACAGCGACAUCAAACUGCGGCUGUCCCACAAGCGCCUCAUGCUCUUCACCUGCAGAGACGACCCACACGGAGGGGACAGUGCCAAGGACCGACAAGCCCGCACCAAAGCCGGAGACCUCAAAGAGACCGGUGUCGUCAUUGACUUGAUGCAUUUGAUGAAGCCAGGAGGCUUUGAUGUCUCGCUGUUUUUCCGGGACGUCAUUAGUCCACCAGAGGACGAGAGCGAGCUGGGGUUGCAGCUGGAGCCUUGUGACAAACUGGACGAUCUCCAGAAGAGAGUGAGGGCGAAGGAGCAGAAGAAACGUGCCAUGGCCAGGAUCAAGCUGUGUCUUGGUGGCGAGGUCAAAAUAGCGGUGGGGGUUUAUGCUACUGCUGUUCAAGCUCGAAAACCUGGAGCCAUCAAACUGUACCAAAAAACCAACGAGCAAGUCCGCAGUAAGAGCCGCAUCUUCCACACGCAGACCGGGAGUCUCCUGCUGCCCAGUGAAAUAAAGAAGGCCCAGGUGUACGGGAAAAAGCAGAUUGUGCUUGAGAAAGACGAAGUGGACUCCUUGAAGAAGUUUGGCGAUCCCGAGUUGUACCUGAUGGGCUUCAAACCUAUGGAAAAGCUCAAAGUGCAUCACCACAUCCGCCCGUCCGUCUUCAUCUACCCAGAGGAGGGCGAAGUCAAAGGGAGCUCGUGUCUGUUCUCCGCUCUCCUGAAGAAGUGCACAGAGAAGGGCGUGUUUGCCCUGUGCCGCUGCAUCGCUCGCCGGAACAGCCCCCCGCGCUUUGUGGCCCUAGUGCCCCAAGAGGAGGAGCUGGACCAGGGCCACGUCCAAGUCACACCUCCAGGAUUCAAUGUCAUCUAUUUGCCGUUUGCCGAUGACGUGCGGACCUGGACCCCCCUCAGAGCCCUGCCUAAAGUGGACCAAAUGGACCAGCGCCUUGGCAUUCUCGCGGAUGAGUUCAGACAAAUGGUUUACCCAGACCACUACAAUCCAGACGCCAAACCAGGAGCAAAACGUAAAACUGAGACCAACGGCGGUGGAGCUGAGAAGAAACCCAAAGUCGAGGUUCCGGAGGACGAACUCCGAGCCCACGCCACGAAUGGGACCCUGGGAAAGCUAACCGUGCCUGUGCUGAAGGACGCAUGCAAACAGUUUGGGAUCCGCACCACAGGAACCAAGAAGCAGGACCUCGUAGACGCUUUAUUAGCCAAGCUGGGUCCUUGA